UUAUCCGCGGUGACAUUGCCACUUAAAAAGUAUUAAAGCUGAUGAUUUGCUUCAGAAAUGGGUCCAUUCCGUUGCGUCUUAGUUCGCACUUUGGUUAAAUUAAAUUUUUCAGUGACAGGUCGACCAGAGCUAGGGCGAUCUUUGACAUUAAAAUCUCCAGAACCACAUUAAAUUAACCACCUUCUUGUUAUUCAUUCACAUACAGUCGUAAAUUGGAUGUUUCUGCUGCGCGUUUGCCUUUUCAUUAGUAAAAAAAUCACAUAACGUAUUUCUUUGGAAAAUUACACUCAUUUUCGAAUCAAUUUCACUUUGAUUAUUUCUGCUUUGUUUACAAAGAGUAUAACCUAAAAUGUCAUCUUUUAGGUGCGUGUUCUUUUGACACAAUUGAAUUAGUGUUGCCUGAAAUGUGAUCAUCAAUACCAUCUAGUGAAAAUUCAUCACGAAUACAUUUUGAAUGACCCAAUAUUUUAUGUACGAGUAAAAUGUGUCAGAAGAAAAAAACAACAGGUAGACAAAACAAAUAUCCCAAACCCUUUUGUGCAGUUCGGAAAAUCCCACUUACCAGCAAAGCAGCGUCGAGGUAUAAUCGAAACCGGGUGUAUAUAAAGGAGUCGCAAGUUUAGAAAAUGCAUGGAUAUUGCAAAGUAUGAACAGUGGACACGUCAGUUUCCUGCCAUUCAGACGCUUCUGCGCAUUACUGGAAAAUAAUAUCUCCGAAGCCGCUUUGGAAAUGGAUUGCUUCUUGAUACUGUUUCUAUUUGUCAGAUUAACCGAAGGAGGAAAACUUUUCACUGCAGUGCCAACGUCACCUUGUCCUGAUGUUUUCACCUACCGAAAGGAUCUGCGAACAAACCAAAUCUUUGGCCACAUCAAAAUCAGCAAUCUUCAGAUCGGACAGAUUGCAACGUUGGACAUUAAUCUGCUACCAGCGCCACAUCAAGCCACAAUUGUCCCACUAAAGACCCUAGAGGAAAGUCUUAAUGACAUUUCGCAUGGGCUACCAAUCAAUUACCGCGUGAACUUCUCUCCUCUUUUACCACCACCGCGGAUACUUUCCAUUCAACUGAAUGAUAAAAUCAUUUGCGCCGCACAUCAUUCGCGGAAGUUAUCUACUGUUAUAAAUCUAAAUAAAACGAGUUUCCCGCGGAGACCCCAGCGGCAAUGGAAAUUGGUGACCCAAACAAUCAGGCCACAGUUCGUGCAACCUAUACGUGUUGCACCUGUGUCACAGUCAAACUUCGAUUGCGGGAAACCUUCGGACGCCUUCCUUUCUCAGAGUUCCAACAACGAGCUGCCCUGGAUAGUUCCUUUGUUCGAUCGCAUUAACCCACAGCAUCUACGUUACAUUUGUAGCAGUAUGAUUAUCACGAAGAACCAUCUCAUCACAGCCGCCCAUUGCGUGUAUGAAAACAAUGGAUACAUUCCUUCGGAAAGAAUCGUUGCCACUCCCAGAACGUACAGGAUCAACAUCAUUUCGGCUGAUAAUGUGAGGUUUGCCGCCAUCGAAGCAGUAAUCCCAAAUGAGGAGUACGAUGCCGCGGAUGAGCUGAACGAUGCAAACGUGGCCGUUUUGCGGUUAAGUGAAGCGCUGAUAUUCUCCGACCAUAUCAUCCCGAUCUGCUUGUGGCAAGGCGAUAACGAUCUUUCGAGAAUCGUCGGCCUCGAGGGUUUUGUGAUGGGAUGGGGCAGCUUCCCGUCAGUUGGAAGCCACUUCAAUACAACCAUCGUCAACAGGCAGCUGUGUAAUUUCAAUCUUGCCAAAGCGUAUCCAGAAAACGCCCGAAUUUUCUGUGGAGAAGUAGUAGAUCGUACAUCUUGCGUCGGAGAUUCCGGAAGUGGGCUGGUGUUGAGAAGUGGCGAUCAAUACUUCCUGCGAGGCAUCGUAUCGAGAGGACAGAUUGACCAUCUAACGCUCGAGUGUGACGACAUAAGGUUUGUGCAGUACACGGAUAUUGCCCCGUUCCGGUAUUGGCUCAAGAAGGUUACAAAUUAGCAGCUUUCUGUUUGUAUGGUGACCGUCAAAAGAUAAACAUGAAACCCAUUGUUGUUUGUGGUGUGUUUCUCUUAAUACAUCAAACACUAACAGGUUUUCGUUAGAAAUUGUAUUAGUAUCUAAGUUAUAUUCAAUAAAUACAUACACGUAUGGUUA